AUGUCCAUGUUCGAGAUGCUCCUUGGCAGUUGGUACACCACCACACGCGAACUCAUCAAAGUCAGCGAGUGGUACGCGAUCCUCUGCGUGGUCCACCAACUGGCUUUAGGCUUUGCAGUGAUCGAGGUGAUGGCGGAUGUGUUCCUUCAUGAGACUUUUCAAAAGGCGUCGUUGGACGACGGUAGCAUGACGACCCAGACGAUGCGCAAAAUCAAGAGCAACACGAAGAAGAUAAAGGUGUUCUUCGAGACCGCGGACCAGGACGGUGAUGGGUUCGUCGACAAGUCAGAGCUCGAGCAAAUCUUGCAGAGGAAUGAGGUUAGAAAAUGGCUAUCUGGAAUGGGACUCGAAAUCGGCAAUGUGGUCUCUGCGUUCGCGGUGCUGGACAAUAAUGGCGACGAACAAGUCAGUUUGGAAGAGUUUGUGGAGGGGGCUUGGUACCUGAAGGGCCAGGCGAGCGCGAUUGAAACGGCGAAGGUACGGGUCAUGCUGGAGGAGAUGAAGGGCAAGGUUGAGGGGCGCGUGCAGCAGCCAAGGUGA